AUGACAGAACCAGAUAGUUUAUGGUGCAAGGUUGUCAAAGCUAGGUGUGAAACACGGGGUGGUUCUUCAUGGUGGAAUGAUAUUACCUCUGCAUGCGUGUUAGAAGGGUGGAACUGGUUUGAAAAUGGGGCUCAGAAAUUAGUGAGGGAGGGAAAUGACACUGCUUUUUGGACAGAAAGUUGGUUAGGAAAUGAGUCUUUGCAAUCCAGGUUCCCUAGACUGUAUAACCUCUCAAAACAGAAGCGAUAUAGUGUGAAAAAUAUGGGGAUGUGGAGCAAUGGAGUUUGGCAUUGGGAUUUCAAAUGGAGAAGGAGUCUUCGAGGAAGGGAGGAGGCUUGGUUGGAGGAGUUAAUGGGGAUGUUAAUGUUUGAAAAUGCUAAUGAGGAGGGUGAUUCAGAUUCGGAUCCAGCCUUUGCCUCCAUCUGGACAGUGUGUGCACCUUCAAACGUCAGAGCAUUUGUGUGGAGACUACUCUUGGAUCGCUUACCUACAAGGGAUAAUUUGCGGAGAAGACACUUAUUAGGCGAAGACGAUGAUGCACGGUGCCCCCUUUGUCAGCAAGCGGAUGAGACAAGUGAGCAUCUAUUCUCAUUGUGUCCAGUAACUACUCGACUAUGGAGCGCCUGCUAUGCUUGGCGUGGGAUGCAAUCAGUAUUGUCGGCUUCUGUAAGAGAGCACUUCCUCCAAUUUCCGAUGAUUGGGAGGUCAAAGAAACAACAAGCAGGGGAAUGGGCUCUUUGGAUGUCCCUUGUUUGGACUGUGUGGAUGCUGCGAAACAAAGUUGUCUUCCAGGGAGCAAAUGUAGAGCUGGAAAAUACUUCGAAAUUGAUUCAAGUUAAGUCAUGGCAGUGGGUGAAAGCAAAAGUGGAUGGGUUUAGCUACUCGUGGUUUGAGUGGCGGUCCAAUCCAAGUGCAUGCAUGGAUCUGUUGUAA